AGAAUUUUUGUGCCCAAACCAGCUAAGUACAUGCCGCACAACCACGCAGACAUGCAACGCGCACGUUUUUCGAAGCCCAUGUGGAUCUGUUGAUCUCUCGGCUGCAAGCGCCUGACAGUUGGGACUUCAAAAAUGUUCAUACGACUUAAUCGAUCCCACCGAGCAACUAGAGCAACUAGGGAUCGUGGUGAAGUGAUCAUCGUCAAACCCGUGCUGUUUGGAGGAUGCUAGCUGUUGAGGUGUGCAAUUUAUCACAAGGUGUGGAACCACCAACUGAUUUGAUAGUUGCCUGGUGGCGGGGUCCAAGUUCAUGGUCAGGUCAGAUCCAAAACCUCACGUUUUUUCCUCCGCGUAACAAUAUGAGAUGAACAAUCAACACAUUCACAAGUCGUCGAUUGUGGCGAGGCGCGCCUACUGCUUCUAAACACACCAAACCACCAACCGCGAUCAUGGCUGAAAUUGAGCGAGGGGAUACACAGCAAAUGGUGAAUUUUGUCGGGAUGGCUGCUGGAAGUGCGUCCGCCAUGAUUGGUGCAGGUGCUGCCUCGGUGCUCAUUGAAGCGAUCCCACAAGGAAUCGCCCUGUUCGUUGCCCUACAAAGCUGGAAUGAACCUUGCAACCAACCUCUGCAGCUCUGGCUGGCAGUUGUGGGAGGAGUUAGUCUCUUGAUCACCGUGCCGGCAGUGAUAAUUCUCUGUCGGGAACGCCGAAAGAUCAACGAAACAGUUGGAAAUGAAGAGUUGGUGUCGUACAUGGUGCGGAAGCAGAGGGCCGAGCAGGAUCACCAGCACUUCGAAGAGAUCUCUGAAUUUGAGGAAGAACUGCAGGAGACGAUGGGAUCAGAGUCAAGGCCCUCAUGUGCUGAUUCCCUGAUGCGCUGUCUCCAGUGCCCACUGCUGGUGUGGCAGAUCUCGGGCAUCGUUUAGUACUGCAAGAGCUCUCCGGAGGAUGAGAUCUGCCGGGAGAAGCUGCGACAUUGGACCCUGGGCAUUUUGUUGCUAAAGUUUCUGAUGCCUUGCGUGACCUGCUGCUGUGUGAUCAUUUGUGGCGUCGGCGCUGGCCUCACCCACUUGCCGGAGGCGGUGAGUGACGGGUCCAGCUCUGAAUAAGCUUGCAAGCAGCCAGAUGUGAAGGAGGAAUUUAUGGCGGACGCACCGGACGCCAUGCCCGAUGGACUCGAUGCCUAUGAGGUUGCAGCUGCAGCCUAUGCCUUGCAGCGGUGCAGAUGCCUGCACCGCAGCGAGUUGUAUGAGCCAAUGAUGGAUACUGAAGGGUAAAAG